GCCGUUGCUCCUGCCGCUGUCUUAGUACCACUUUGUUGGAGAGCAGAAGUGCAGGACUGACUCUUACUGCAUCCCUUUCUGACGGCCGAACCGUCCGGGUGUCAUUUAGGUUGUGUCGAAGAUUGGGUCUUGCUCUCCUGAGUCCUACCACCAAAAGUAAGGUAAGUACACAACACCAGGUACUCCGUAUAGAAAGUACCAAGUCUUGGGUGAGGAUGGAACCUGGGAAAGGGCACCUCCGUUCCUUCCCUGCUCAGCGUCCCCGUCGUAUUGCACAGCAUCCCUGCAUCUGCACACCUCCUUCCUUGAGUUUCCCUUCGCCUUCCAUUCCAUUUUUUUUUUUUGGUCCCUCCUUCCCUGGCAGCCGGUUGUCUGUACGGAGUACUUCGUACCUCCCGUCUCCAGGAGCCCCCACAUUUGGGUCAGACCAGCCAGUCACCAAACUCACCAGACAAGCGCAUUCCCUCGUUCCCUCCUUCUUUCUCCAAGAUAACCCAAUCAGCAUCGCGUUUCGAAGCACAAUCCUCAUCCACACCACCCACACUACUCGUACCUCACACACCCAUCCCUCCUUCCUUUCACACACCCCCAUAUCAUGCCUCCCCUUGCAUUCAAUACACAAAUUGCCUUUUCCUAGUCAGUCGGGUCCCUCGCAUCAUCGCCAAGUUCCAACACCAACAAAGCACAAGCGCAAAGCGCCAAAACAUCCACCUCAGCUUUCUGUGCAUCCACCUCGCCCCGUCCACCUCUCUCUUGUUGUUGCUAUUGUCUGCUGAGAUACUGGCAUACUGCUACAUGCUUGCUUGCGCCGCCGCCUACGGAUACCUUUACCGCACCACCGCUGCGCCAUCGACAAUCAGCGAACAAGAAACAGAACCACCCGCAAAGGAACACUUCCAAUUCGCUCAACUCACGGCCCAUCUCCUUUUUACACUAUCUACCGACACCAUUUCGCUGGCUGGCUGCUUUUGCUACCUUACUUACCG